AUGGAUCGGUUCACACAGUUCCCGGCCGUCAAUGACGACGGCGAGGACGUCCAUGUCAUUCCUUGGAACCUCGACCACCAACUCCCAUCCGAGGUCUUGGCCUUGUCAUGGGCAGUCUUGCUACGUGCAUUCACAACCGAUGAAAACCCGGUCUUUUUGUUGAACGGGGCUCCCGUCAAAGCAGAUCUAUCAACCCAAACAGUUCAACCAGCUGAUUUGGCAUCCGUGGCGGAUCUCUCCGUCAAACACACGGCCGUGGUGCUGGGAGAUCCGUUGUUCGACGAUGGCAGACAUGCCCCCGCCCUUCGGUGGACAGUGGACCCCACCUCGCAAUCGGGAGCCUUGUGUGCGACCGGAGGCAUGGAUGCUCCAUUUUUGUACCAGCUGGGAAAACAGUUGAAGCAGAUCGUCCAGGAGCAGGCAGCUCUCAAGGAUAUCAAGAUAGAGCUGUCUGACGUGGAGGUCCCGACUUUGGCGAUUGCCAACCCAGAACCUGCGAUACUGCCUGGCCCGGGGCUGCUUCAUGACUUGGCCCUGCGCGGGUUCAAUGAUUCAAACCACGCAAUUGAGUUUCUCGCGGCGGAUGGAGACGUGCUCUGCCUGUCAUACCAUGAUUUGGAUCGACUCUCCUCGAAGCUCGCGAGUGAAAUAGCUCGUGCUUCGACAGAUGCGGGUCAGAGGGUCGUGCCGGUGCUUCUUCCGCAGUCGGUGGAACUCUACAUCGCCUGGUUGGCAAUUCUCAAAUCUGGCGCUGCAUUCUGUCCUUUGAAUACCGAUGCUCCGACAGACCGGAUCGAGUUUAUUCUGCAAGAUGUGGCUGCUUCGGUGGUGAUUACCAACGGGGCACUUGCCUCGAGGAUACCACCCAAGGACCACAUCUCUAUUCUUACUGUUGACGACCUUCAAACCGACAAAACCCCCAUAGAGCCGUUCUCUAUCGAUCACACCCCCCAUUUGGCCUAUGUGAUGUACACAUCUGGAUCGACCGGCCGCCCCAAAGGCGUCGGAGUAUCCCACCUUGCUGCCACCCAAUCACUCCUUGCUCAUGACGAUUUGAUACCCCAAUUCAAGCGAUUUUUGCAAUUUGCAUCCCCAACCUUUGAUGUUUCUGUAUUUGAAGUCUUUUUCCCAAUGAUGCGAGGAGCCACUCUGAUCGGUUCCGAGCGAGAGAACAUGCUCCUUGAUAUUUCACAUGUGAUGACUACAAUGAAAGUCGAUGCUGCAGAGUUGACCCCCACGGUAGCAGGCGAGCUACUACGCACGCGGGCUGCAGCACCCUCUCUCCGUGUCCUUCUGACAAUCGGUGAGAUGCUCACUAGGCACGUGGUGGAUGAAUUCGGGCAGUCUGAAUCCGGGGUCGGCAUUCUGCACGGCAUGUACGGACCUACUGAGGCUGCAAUCCACUGCACAGCAGCCACUCAUUUCAAAUCAAAAGACCGUGUCAACAUGAUCGGAACGGCCUUCACUACGGUCUCGGCCUACAUAAUGUCCCUCCCUGACGAGUCAAAUGAGCUCCGCACCCUUUCCUUGGGUCAGAUUGGAGAACUUGUCGUGGGUGGUCCUCAGUUGGCGGAUGGGUAUAUCAAUCGCCCGGAAGAGAACGCCAAGGCUUUCAUCGAUAGCCCGUUGUACGGUCGACUCUACCGAACAGGCGAUAAAGCUCGCAUGCUGCCUUCAGGCGAGAUUGAAUGCUUUGGCCGCAUCUCCAGUGGCCAAGUCAAGCUCCGCGGCCAGCGGAUCGAGCUCGGUGAGAUCGAGCACGUUAUCACCCGGGCCUCGGGUGUUCGCAGUGCCGUGACGCUUGUCAUUGAUGGAAAUCUUGUCGCUUUUGUGCUUGUUACAGACAAAGGUGUCACAGAUAGCAGUUUACGUGACGUCUGUCGUCAGCUGCUACCUCGUUUUAUGAUUCCUGGCGAGUUUGUGCUCGUCGACCAAUUCCCUCAAUUACCUUCUGGCAAGAUCGAUCGCAAGACUCUAGAGGCCGAUUUCAUUCAACACCGAAAUAACGCGCAGUCUGUGCACCUCGAGUCUCGCGAUGACAAAGAAGAAGCUAUUGUCUUGUGCGUGGCCGAUGUGCUUGGCCGUCGACUGGCACCUACAGAGAGUCUGGCUGCUGCUGGUCUUGACUCGUUGGCCGCGAUCCGUCUGGCAUCUCAUCUCUUGGAUGCGGGGAUUCGUCUUGGAGUUGCAGCCUUAAUAGAAGCCGAUUCAAUCGAUGGAAUCUGGCAGCUCGCUAGCUUGGAAACCGAUGAUUUGACUGGCGACGCGCAAGCCGCUUUACAGGCCAUCUCGGAGUUGGUUGCAGAUGCGGGCGUGGCACGGCUUGAGACCUUGAACCUGGGUCCGGUCUCAGAGCUUGUGCCCUGUAGUCAUAUCCAGCAGGCUAUGCUCUUGGAGACUGUCAGACAUGACAGGGCUUAUUGCAAUUGGAUCGAGCUGGAGUUUGAUUCAACCACUCCAACGGAGUUGAAAUUUGCAUUUUCCCACCUCCUGGAGCAUAACGAGAUCCUGCGAUCUGGGUUUGUGGAAAUUGGUCUAAAGGAUCACUCCUACGGUCGCUUCACUUGGUCCAACCUUGAGACACAGGUGUUCCAAGUAGAUGCAUUGGAAUAUGAUGUUUCUAUGACUGUGGGUCACGAUAUCUUGAAUCCAUUCAAAGUUCAGAUCAAGGAGGAGACCAACAGUGUCCGCGCCCUCGUUCACAUCCACCAUUCUUUAUAUGAUGGGUGGUCGUGGCAGAUUAUGCUACAAGACCUCCGUGACAUCUUGUCCGGAGAACAGCCGUCAUCCAGACCAUCCUACGCCGUUGUCACGAAUUUCUUCAUCGAGCAGAAUCUCAGCAAAUCAUCUACAGACUCUACAUCCUAUUGGCACGACCAACUCCAAGGCCUAACGCCGACAUCAUUCCCAACCUUCCACGGUAGUACCGUCAAACCCAAGACCUCCAACACAACUCGCAUUCUUCAAACACCCAUUUCAAGACUCGGCGACGUAAGCCAUGAUCUCCGAGUCAGCCGCCAAACAAUCUUCCAAGCGGCCUUCACAUACAUCCUGUCUACCUAUCUCGGAACUAGCGACAUUACCUUUGGAACUGUGUUCUCAGGCCGAACACUACCACUGAAAGGGAUCGAAACGAUCCUCGGUCCAUGUAUCAGAACUCUCCCCACACGCAUGGACAUUGCGAAAAUGCAGAACGUCUCCGAUCUUCUCCUGGCUAUCCAGAAUAUGAACCACAAGUCUCUCGAGCAUGGAAGCCUGCCUCUCCAAGAUAUCAAGAAAGCCUCUGGCAUUGAUCUGGCCCGGGAUCUUUUUGACACGGCACUCGUGUGGCAAGAGAGUAUCUGGGCCCACGAGCAUGCUGGGUUUAGAGAGGUCGAUGCCGGUGAAUUCCUGGAGUUCGCUCUGCUACUUGAGUUCGAACCAAGGGAGAAGCACAUCUUCGCUCGGGCGACUUUCCAGCAUUCAAUCUUGUCGUCUGAACAGGCGGACUUGCUGCUCGCACAGAUUGAUGCUGUGGCCCAGAUUUUGAUCGAGCGAGUUGAUCUCUCUAUCGCAGAGCUUCGGUCGCAUCUUCCUCGUGAAACUUUGUCUUACCAUGCUGCUCCUGCUGUUCAAUGCCAGUGGUCAUUAGCUUCGGGUGUUGAGAUUUUCGCUUCUACGGAUCCCCAUCGGAUAGCAGCUGAGGAGAUCAGUUGGAAAGAGACAACUCCAUGUGUUGAGCGCAUCACAUAUGGACAACUGAACUCCCGGGCUAAUAGCCUUGCACACUUGUUGCUCCAUGUCGGAGUUUCCAAGAGCGAUCUUAUCCCCAUUCUCCUCACCUCGUCAAUUGACUUCUACGUUUCUGUGCUUGGGAUUGUCAAGGCUGGUGCAGCUGUUUUGAUUCUCCCCCAGGGAUCUGACGACAUUCACUCUUUGUUCACCAAGGCGAAACCCAAAUUCUGCAUCGUCGAUUCUUUGGCAGAGAAGAGCCACCGACUCCCUCCUUUGAAGCUUGUUCAACGGAUCCACUUGUCAUAUUCACUCGAUGUCUACCAUGACCUCAACAUCCCAUAUAAUAACAAGGGGUCCCACAUUGCCUAUGCCGUUGUGGAAGCCAGGCACACGAAUACAGUUCUUUUCUCGCGGCAAAGCCUACAGAGCAACAUCAACGCACUUUCAAUUCAAUACCCGACGCCGACGGGCUCAAAGAUCUUCUCAUCACACCCUCAAUCAAUUCCCGAGAUAUUCCUCACUUGGCAAAAUGGAGCUACACUGUGUUCUGUUUCGGGCGCCGGAACGAUAGAUAACCUCCAGCAAGCUUGUCAAGAGCUAAGCAUCACGCACCUCCAUCUAACACCCACCCUAGCCUCUCACAUCAACCCCAAAGACGUCCCGACAGUGCAAUAUCUCCUCACAUCGGGCGAACAAUUGAAUUACCGAGUCCAUCGCAAUUGGGCUGGAAGGGGCUUGUACCAAGCCUAUAGCUCGCAAGAGCUCGCUGGCCCAGGCACCAUUUUGCAAAUUGGAAAAUCGACCUCCAUUCGGAACGUCGGCCGACCGCUUGGUGACACUUUUGUCGUGGUUUUGGAUACCUCCUUAUCUCUACUUCCCCGUGGUGCUGUUGGUGAACUUUGCUUUGGCGGUGAUCAUAUUGGCAGGUAUCUUCCUGGCUCGGAGAUCCCAGCCGAGCGAUUCGUCGAUCAUGCUGAGUAUGGUCAUAUCUGUCGCACUGGUGACUAUGGCAGAUUGCUUGCUGAUGGUACGAUUGUUCUUGAGCGAGAUUCUGGUCUUAGAGGCAUUGAUCUUGAUGCCGUUGAUCGUGUACUUUCGUCCUUGGAAGGAGUUCACGAUUUUGCCAGUCUGGUUUUUGAUUCAAAAUCAGGUCAAGACCUUGCUGUGGUCUGGGUUCCUGCUAGCAGGCCUGCCGACUCGGAAUUCGAACAGGUCACGAAGGACUUGUUUGCUGAACUCAUGAAGAAUUUGCCCCUUUCUUCUGUUCCUUCUCUCCUGGUUCCUGUGGACCAUAUUGAUAUCACCUCGUCUUACAAGGUUGAUUAUACAAUGUUGAAGGAACGACUAUGCAGACUCAGUGACCAGGAACGAGCUACUUUCUCGCUGAGGCUCAGCACUAGUGAGAAAGAUGAUGAACUCACUGAUGUGGAACGGAUUGUCAUCGCAGCUUUAUCGACAAUCACUGGUACUGACCAGAACCACAUUGGCAAACACACAUCCUUCUACAAACUGGGCUUGGACUCACUAUCUGCUAUCUCCUUCUCCCGAAAGCUACAGGAGUCCGGCUGUGGCAGACUUGCAGUGUCAACAAUCUUGCGUCACAGCUCAGUUUUCCAACUUGCUUCUGUCAUUCCUCCAAUCGCCAACGAGAACGGACACGACAUUGCACCUGUUGAAACUGAGUCUCGUGAGCCUGCCGUGUCUUUUGACAGGGAUUUCAUUCACCAGGUAGAAUGCGACUUCAAAGCCCAAGACAUCUCCGUCCAGGACGUCUAUCCUUGUACACCCUUGCAAGAAGCGAUGCUUGCGGCAGAGUCUGGUGGACAGUCUGCUUAUUUCAAUCAUCUUUUGCUUCUUGUGCACAGUGAUGCUGAGGCUAUGAGGCUUGCGUGGUCUCAUAUGAUGCAACGACACGGCAUUCUGAGAACUUGUUUCAUGCAAACUAAUGACAAGCGAUUCGCGUAUGCUCAGGUUGUCUUGGACACUUCUGUCUUACCUUGGAAUCAAGUCGAAGCCGCCUCAAAUGAGUUUGAUGAAUUAGUUAAGGAGAAGAAGUCAGAGUUCGAGGGGAUUUCACCGGUCAAUGGCCAGUUGCCAUACUCCCUGACCCUGAUCACUGAUUCUGCGGCACACAAAACCCAUCUCUUGUUAUCUAUUCAUCACGCCCUUUACGACGGAGAGGGUAUAUCCCAGCUUUUGCAUGAGCUGCAGCUGUCACUUUCGGGCAGUGAUUUACCAACAACCACGCCCUUCCAUCAGUUCAUUGACUACAUGACCUCGGUGGAUGACAGCGGGUCCGACAAAUACUGGAAGCAAUACCUCACUGGUGUCUCGCCAACUCUCCUUCCUACAGCCAACGCAGCCAACUACGCCUCACAGCAAAUCCACACUUCCCUGAAAGCCUCUUUCGGAUCAUUCAAACAGCAAUGCAAAGACCUCUCUGUCAGUCCCUUGAACGUGUUCCACGCUGCAUGGGCCAGACUUCUCUCACUAUACACUGAGUCCCCAGACGUCUGCUUCGGCAAUGUAUUCAGCUGCCGAACAAUCCCACUAGACGGCGCAGAUCAGAUCGUUGGCCCUUGCUUCAAUACACUCCCGAUCCGAAUCAAAUUCUCUUCAACGGCAACGAACCACGAUCUGCUGAAGUCAUCUCAAAAAGGCAACAGCGACAUCUUACCUCACCAACUCACUUCCCUGAGACGCAUUCAACGCAUUGUCGGAGCUGGCACGAGACUCUUCGACACACUUCUUAUUCUCCAAAACAGAGACACAGGCCUUGAUGCGAGUAUCUGGGAAUUGCUUCAAGACGAAGGAAACAUGGGAUUCCCUCUGAUCUGUGAGAUUGUACCAGAUGACGCAGCAAACACCGUCCAGAUCUGUAUGCAUUUCCAGGAAUCGCAUAUUUCACAUGUCGCCGCUGAGAGUGUUGCGCGGGACUUUGUUACUCUCGUUGAACAUAUCUCUCAAUACCCCUCUGCGCAAGCUUCUGACAAGACACUUCUGGGGACGCAGAUUCCUGGUGUAUUUGAGCAGGUGGCGAGCAAAGCUGUGAGUUUCCGAACUACGAAAUCACUUCAGACUCGACCUUGGUCAUACCAGGAAGAGGCUGUUCGUGAUAUUCUGUGCAAAUUCUCCGAUGUCCAGCCAGAAGAUGUAUCCCAAGACACGACAAUUUUCCAGCUCGGACUAGACAGUAUCAACGCUGUUCAAAUUUCGGCAAAGCUCCGUGGACUGGGGUACAAGAUCUCCUCUGGGGAUAUUCUUGAGGCAGCUUCCAUUGACCAGAUUGCAUCUCUUCUCAACUCCCUAGAUAAGUUGGACGAGAAAGUGGUUUAUGAUUUUGAAUCUUUCCAAAAUCAACAUCUGCAACUCAUUUGUGAGCAGCUUGGAGUCUCUGGUGUACAAUCUCUCUACCCCUGCACGCCUUUGCAAAACGGCAUGUUGGCUGCAUUCACCCAUUCCAAUGGUGAUGUUUACUUCAAUCGUAUGGCCUUGAAAUUUUCGACCUCCCUGAACUCCACGCGCUUGAAAGAGGCGUGGUCGGAAGUCGUGGCUCAACAUGAGAUGCUUCGAACGGGCUUUGUUCAGCUACGCGAUCAACAACAUCCUUUCGCUAUGCUCACUUAUGACACCAUCGAGCUGCCCUGGUAUGAGAAUUCUGUUGGAUCUCCUGUCCAAGAAAAAACUAUCCUGGAAAACCUUCACCAGCCACCUUGGAGUAUUGAGGUCGACGCCGGUGAAGAGACCAGCGUCUUGUAUUUCUCUGCUUUACAUGCCAUCUACGACGCUCAAUCUCUGUCCGCCAUAUUCGCAGACGUGAAAGCAAAAUACGAGGGAAAACCCCUUGCUCCCCGGCCUCCGAUAACAGAAACCCUCGGCCCCAUCCUCAUUGAAAGCAAGAGCCAGAGUGAAUCAGCCAACUUCUGGAAAGAUCUUGCCCCAGAAGUCCACCCUUCCAAGUUCCCCGAUCUGCACCCCACCCGCACAGACGACCGUACACUUCUCAGCCAUUCUAUUCGCUGCUCACAGUCCCGCAAGUCCCUCGAAGACGAAUGUCGCAACCUUGGUGUCACCUUGCAAGCAGCUGCCCAGACCGCAUGGGCCCGUUUGCUUUCUGCGUAUACUGGAGAGUCAAGUGUGACUUUUGGAACUGUCCUUUCCGGCAGAAAUCUCUCCACUGCAGCCCAAGAUGCCGUAUUCCCUUGUUUGGUUACUGUGCCGACACCUCUGCGGGUCGAGGGUGCCAAUCGAGAGCUUUUGGAUCGCACACUGAAAAGAAAUGCUUUCCUUGUGAAGAAUCAGUUCUCACCGCUUGCUAAUAUCCAGCGCUGGUUGGGCAGUGAUGGGCCGCUCUUCGAUACGCUCUUCGUGUACCAGAAAUUUGCUUCCGAUACCACCGGCUGGGAUGUCGUUGACGAGAAGACAAAGAUUGAUUAUCCCAUCUCCAUUGAGUUGAUCCCUCACUCGACCGAUCUUCAAAUCUCACUGAGCUUCCGAAGCGAUGUCGUCCCUGUAGAGCAGGCUAGUGUUCUACUGGAUCAGUAUGACAGGUUUUUGCAGGAUACCAUAUUCUCCCCCGACGCGGAUGCAACCAGCCACGGCUCUGUUGGUAGCAGCUUGCUCUCAGUGACCCCAGCGAAAGAAGCACCUAUACCCGCGCCUGUGGAUCUGCUUCAUCAAUUUGUUGAAGUCAACGCUCUUAGGAUUCCUGACAAAAUUGCUUUCGAGUUUGCUUUCGGUGAGACUGCCGAUAGUCUCCAGAAGAGAACUUGGAGUUAUCGCCAGUUCAAUGAAUCUGGUAAUCAGAUUGCGCAUCUUCUUCAGAAGAAGGGUGCAGUUCCCGGUGGUAUUGUCGCUAUCUGUUUUGAUAAGUGCCCAGAAGCUUCGAUGGCCAUUUUGGGAAUUCUGAAGGCUGGCUGUGCUUACUUGGCUCUUGAUCCUGGGGCUCCUAUCUCUCGCAAACAGUUCAUGUUGGAGGACUCCGGGACUAAGGUUUUGCUUUCCAGUCUGUCCAAGAAGGACGAGUUAGAAAGACUCGAGGGCAUUGAUGUUCAAGCUCUUGACCAACCGAAUCUGUUCGAUGAAGUCCCAACUACCGAUGUCUCCCUUGCCAGACCAAUUAACCCAGAUGACACUUGUUAUUGUCUCUAUACUUCUGGCACGACUGGAACACCCAAAGGCUGUGAGAUCACACAUGACAAUGCCGUGCAGGCAAUGCUUGCUUUCCAGAGACUAUUCGCCGGUCACUGGGACGAAGAGUCGCGAUGGCUCCAAUUUGCUUCUUUCCAUUUUGACGUCAGUGUUCUAGAGCAGUACUGGAGCUGGAGUGUUGGAAUCUGCGUGACCUCUUGUCCUCGGGAUCUGCUCUUUGAGGAUCUACCGGGGACGAUCCAGAAGCUUCAGAUUACGCACAUCGAUCUCACGCCUAGUCUGGCCAGACUCGUUCAUCCAGAUGAAGUGCCUUCGCUCUGUCGUGGAGUCUUCAUCACUGGUGGUGAGGCGUUGAAGCAGGAGAUUCUCGAUGCUUGGGGCAAGCAUGGUGUGAUCUACAAUGGAUAUGGACCGACCGAGGUCACCAUCGGCUGCACUAUGCUUCCGCGAAUGUCUGCCAAUGACAAAGCCUCAAACAUUGGGCCCCAAUUCGAUAAUGUGGGAUCCUACGUGUUCAGUCCUGGUACGACGAUUCCCGUGCUACGUGGUGGAAUCGGUGAGCUCUGUGUUUCUGGUCCGCUUGUCGGAAAGGGAUACCUCAACAGGGCGGAGCUCACGAAAGAACGAUUCCAAGACCUUCCCGAGCUCGAAGAUCGGAUCUAUCGCACUGGCGAUCUUGUUCGAAUUCUGCAUGAUGGCAGUUUCCAAUUCCUUGGGCGCAUCGAUGACCAGGUCAAGCUUCGUGGACAGCGUCUUGAAAUUGGAGAGAUCAAUGAGGUGAUCAAGCAGGCGACACCGGAGUUGAAUGAGGUCGCUACCUUGGUCAUCACUCACCCUAAACAAGCCAAGGAUCAGCUUGUUUCUUUCUUCACGACAGUCGCAGAUAAAAAGUCCCGUGCUGAUGUUGCUGUUCGAUCUUCUGAAGAUGACCGUCUCCUGUUGUCGAAGAUCAAGGCCGCUUGCUCAACUCAUCUUCCUGGGUAUAUGGUGCCUACUCACAUCAUACCGAUGACUCGGUUCCCGCUGUCUGCAAACAACAAGGCUGAUAUGAAGGUCUUGAAGGCCAUUUAUCAGGAUCUCACUCUGGAUGAAAUCCAGAAGUUAGGUGCCUUGAGUGUUGACCAACCCACCGGCAGUGCCCAUGAAGAGAAAAUCGUGGAUAUUCUUACCAAGUUCAUUGGAUCGACUGAGAUGAUUUCACCGUCUUCCAGUAUCUAUGAGCUGGGUCUUGAUUCCAUCUCCGUUAUCGCUUUCUCGCGGAGUUUGAGAGAGGCUGGCUUCUCCCAGGCCCAGCCUUCUAUCAUCAUGAAGCAUCCCACCAUCGUGGCAAUGGCGUCUGCUCUUCAGAGUUCAACUUCUGGGUCUGUGGAGGCAAUUCAGCGAAACGCCAAGCAGGGAAUUGUAGCCUUUGCUCAUAAGAAUUCUCACGCUGUCAUUGAGCAUAUUGGCAUUUCCGAUAACGAGGCUGAGAAAAUUGCGCCUUGCACGCCACUUCAAGAGGGUAUCAUUUACCACUUCCUGUCCAGCACCACGCCUUUGUACUGUUCGUCUUUUACCUUUGAACUUGACAAGUCUAUCGACGUUGAGACUCUGCGGGGAGCCUGGGCGAAGACUCAGAAAGAAGUUCAAAUGCUGCGCGCCAAAUUCGCACCAUCUCCCGAUGGCUAUGCCCAAGCUGUGCUAAAGCAAGAUACACUUCCUUGGUUCUUUGAUACGGUAGAGAACCAGCAUGGUAUCGAUGGUGCGCGCAAACAACGGCAUGAAGCAUGGACUUCUCAGCUCGAUGGCCUCGCAGCCCAGCUCUGGGAAGUUGGUGUUAUCUCUUCCCCUGACCAGUCGGUGAUGUGUCUGAACAUAUUCCAUGCUCUUUACGAUGGAAACAGCUUGGUUCUUCUCCUUGAAUCUGUUGCUCGGAACUAUCUCGGCCAAAGCAAGGAUGCGCAGAAAGCUCCCGAAUUCCUUGAUGUUUUGCACCUCGGUCCUCUUUGCAAGGACCCUGCGGCGGAGAAAUUCUGGAAAGAACAUCUUGCAGGUUGCCAUGACCGGCCGUUCGCUGAGAACGGCACGGAGGAUACACCGAUCCUUCACAAGGCUCAGAUCAAAGGUACCGACCCGGUUGAUCACCUGCGCCGCUCUCUCAAUGUCACCGAACAAGCUGUACUCCACACAUGCUGGCUCCUAGCCCUUCAGCAGCAAUACUCAUUUGUGCCACCACUUGGUAUCAUUGCCUCGGGCAGGACCAUCGAUGUACCAGGAGUUGAAAACGUGAUCGGUCCUCUUUUCAACACGAUCCCAAGCAAUGUCCAGCUCCUUGGCUUGGAGUCCUGGGCCGAUGUCGCUCGUCGCUGCCAUGACUAUCAUGUAUCCAUGAUCCCCUUCCAGUACACUGCUCUACGAGAAAUUGUGAAAUGGCUCGGCAAGAGUCCCGACGAGCGACUUUUCAACACUUUGUUUGUCUUCCAAAGGGAAGAUGACCAUGCUGAGCCUUUGGCCAAGGAUCUCUGGCGGACUGUCAGCUCAGAGGCCGAGCAUGAGUACCCCCUUGCUUUUGAAGUUGUGCGCAAUGGCAAUCAAUCUUUGACUGUCACCCUUGCCGCCAAGGGCGAUGUGGUCUCUUUGGAGGAGACUCGACAACUGCUUUCGAAAUUCGAGACAAUUCUCUCACAGUUCGCUCAAGAUCCAGACAGAGCGUUGCCGAAGAUUGAUGGUGAUUACCAGCCUAUCACGAAUGGGGUGGAUGCUCAUGAGCCGAGACAUGUCAAUGGCGAGCACAUCAAUGGCGACCAAAUCAACGGCUCAUCAUUCGAAUGGACUCCUCAUGCUUUAACUAUUCGCAAUGUCAUUUCAACUCUUGCUGGUGUUGAAGUCGAGUCUAUUGGCGAGAAUACAUCUAUCUUCGAGGUCGGACUUGACAGCAUCGACGCAAUCAAGAUCUCAUCUCGACUCAGCAAAGCCGGAACCAAACUCCCAGUGAGUUCCAUCAUGCGCCACCGUACAGUGAAGGCCAUGAGCGCACAACUCUCAAUGGCAAAUGGCCAUGCUAAGAAUGGCGAUUCCUCCCUGCUCGAGAAACUGGAGAAGUCACUGGUCAAAUACCUGGAAAGCGAAGGCGCCCUUCCCACGGAUGCUACUCGGGUUCUACCAGCUACACCCAUUCAAGAAGCCAUGGUAGCAGAGAUGACUACUUCUGGAUAUGAGCAUUACUAUAAUCACGAGAUUCUCGAACUCGAGCCAGGUGUUGAUCUCGGAAGAAUGGAGGCAGCUUGGAGAGCGGUCAUCAGGGCUCACCCUAUUCUUCGGACUUCAUUUGUUGAGGUCUGGGAUCCUGAGAUUGCUGUUUCUUAUGCGCAGAUUGUUCAUAGUGAGGACCACAUUGACAUCCACACUGUGCACUUGCAUGGUGUUUCUGUGGAAUCCAUUAUCGAGACUCAAGUGUCAAAGGCCCGCAAUGGGCAAGUCGGCGGUCCCUUGCUCUCUGUGACUAUUGCAGUAGAUGGAGAUAAGCAUUACCUUGUCCUUUCAAUUGCACACGCUCUCUACGAUGGCUGGUCAAUCAACUUGCUUCAUGAGGAUGUUGCCAGGUCCUAUGCUGGCGACAACUGCGCCCGUCCAUCCUCCAACGAUAUUCUCGAGCAAAUCAUCUCGUCUUCGGGCGACGAAGCACUUCGGUACUGGCGCUCAACCCUAGCGAACUUCAAUCCAGCGCCCUUCUUGCCUAUGGAGCACUCUAGAGAGGGAUCAGCAGCUGUCCACCGUGCAGAAAAGGCAUUCUCCGUCCCGCUCUCCAACGCCGAGACCUUCUGCAAACGCCAUGGAAUUACCCUGCAAGCUCUUCUCGUCAGCUGCUGGUCUCUUGUUCUCGCCACGCAUGUCAGAAGACUGGACGUGGCCUUUGGACUGGUCCUUUCUGGGCGCAAUGUCGCCGACUCCGAGAAUGUGAUGUUCCCAACUAUGAAUACGGUAGCCAUGCGCAUUGUACUUCAUGGUACGCGUGUCGAGCUUGUCAAGUACGUGCAAGAGGCUCUGCUUGCAAUGUCGGAGCACCAGCAUUUCCCGCUCCGGCGUGCCAGGCCUGAUACCGGGUCUCAGGCUUUGUUUGAUACUUUGUUCAUGUAUCAGAAGCGACCGGUGGAUAAUCAGAGCGAGUCAUCUGCCUUGUACAAGUCUACCGGUGGCUCAGCAAGCGUUGAAUACCCUGUCUGUGCAGAGGUUGAAGGUGUUGGGGAGAAGCUCGUUGGCCGAGUGGCCGGUCGUGGAAAUUUUGUUGGAGGUGCGGAUACUCUUGUUCUUUUGGAUCAGAUGGGAGACAUUCUUUCGUCGAUCAUCCACGAUUCAUCUGAACAGACGGUGGAGUUCACCGAUGAUGGAGUGAAGGUUUGCGGAGGAUCUCCCUUUAAGGAAGAAACUGGACAAGACGUCGUGGCCGAUGGGCCACGAGAAACUCACCAAACAGAAUGGUCGCCCAUCGAGUCCAAGAUUCGCAAUGUUCUCUCCAUCGCUUCCGGAGUGUCGGAAGACUCCAUUGGAAAGAGCUCUACCAUCUUCGAGCUUGGUCUUGACAGUAUCAGUGCCAUCAAGGUUGCGGCACUGCUGAAGAAACAGUCUGUCAGGCUUGCCGUCAGCGACAUGCUUCGCGCUGGUUCAAUCGAGAAUAUGGCCACCGUAGCCAACAGCAGCCAGCCAGACUUCUCAGUUAUUGACAUAUCGAGCGUCCUCCGGGAUUCGCUGGGUGACAUCGAUGUUCAGCAGCUGAUUGAAUCGCAUGGUGUUGACGCACAGCAAGUAGUCAGGGCGUUCCCUACGACUGCAGGACAGACUUACUUCCUGGCGAUGCAUACAGUGAACCCCGAAGUGUUCUAUCCAGAGUUCUACUAUAUGUUGUCAGAGCAACUAAGCCCCGAGACACUUGACCACGCCUGGUCCCAGGUGGUGAAUCAAACCCCGAUGCUCCGCACCACAUUCCUCCGCACAGAGUCUCGGCUUUUGCCGUACAUCCAGGUGGAACUUGAGGCGGUGCACAUUCCAGUGAUCUGGCAUUCCAGAUUUGAUCCAGAUCUUGUUUCAAGCAGUCUCAAGCAAGAAUUUGGGGCUGUGCCAGCUGCACUGCAUGCUUGUCAAACGGCCAAGGGGACGGCGCUUGUCUUGCAAAUCCACCACGCACUGUACGAUGGGAUCAGUCUGCCCCAUAUCCUAGACAGACUAGUUUCGCACUGUCAUGCGGACGCGAUAUCCCCUCACUCGACCAUCAACUCCAACCUUGGUCUGUCGCAACUUGUGGCAUUCCAGCAUGUGCAUUCGCCCGUGCAUGUCCGACGCCAAUUCUGGCAAAAGUAUCUAGGCCCAACUCCAACGGCGCCUAAGAGCGAGGGUGGUUUCGGGGUGGUGCAGCACCACUACAGGCCAGGUUUGGUGCCAAACAUGGCCAGCAUCGAAAAGGUCGCUAAGCGCCAGGGUCUCAGCAUUCAGACCAUCUUCCUGGCCAUCUAUGCCCGGGUGCAUAUGCAACACUUUGCAUCUGAAACGGGAUAUGCAGGGUCACCCGGGCGGUUAAUUGUCGGACUGUACCUUGCCAAUCGAUCGCAUUCUCUAGAUGGACUGGCCGAAUCAGUCAUCCCGACCGUCAACAUCGUCCCAUUACGGUUGGACGACAAACUCAGCGAUUCCCCCACCACCCUCCUAGACGCCGCCCGACGGAUUCAAGCAGACAUCACCGAAAUCAGCCUCCCAGAGUACUCCAGCGUAUCACUCCUGGAAAUUGCCGAGUGGACCGGCCUCCAAAUCGACACCUGCGUCAAUUUCCUGCGACUCCCUGAGCAGGCACCUGGCAACGAGAAGCUUUCACUCACAUCCAUUCAACGCGAGGAGUUGGAAAAUCUUAGCGCGACAAUUCCCUCGGACAACCAAAGAUUUAAAAGCAAUGGUCUUACGCCACCCGGUGCGGAUCUUAGCGUCCCAACGGCCUUCUUGCCUACGAUCGACGUCGAAGCAGCUGUUCGCAAGGGCAGAUUGGAUUUCGGCCUCUUUGCUCCGUCCUGCAGACUUGCUCCGGAAAUUGCGGAUGCUGCAAUCGUCUCCAUGAAGCGGGAGAUGGAUACUCUAGUGACAGGCUUCGAAUUCAUGUAG